CCCCGUUCCGGAGCAAGUUAAAAAGCCACGACCAAGCGGGAGAUGCUUCAUUGAUAACGCAAUCACAGGCAGAACACGACAAUUCGUUAAGUGACAACGAUCGCUCGCAUCAGAGACACACACACGGAGAAAAGCAGACGACAUUUUUAACCGAGAAGGCCAACGCAAAAGCAUAGACGUCGUUCCCGCUUCUUUUUAUACACAAACAUUCCUUUUCUCUUUGCAAAGAUGAAUGCCUCGCCUAUGAUGAGCCUUGUUGUGGUCGCACUCUGCGCCCUACUGGUCGUCUGUCAAGCUGACCUCACAGAUAUAGGAAACAGCGACAUAAUGAAUGAACCUGGAUCGGAAAACGGAGGGUUCCUUCAUUUCUUGAGAGAGGACCUGGUCCCAAGAUACCUCCUCAGACAGGGUGGCAUGAAAAAGCGACCAUUCAGCAACAGCAAUGACAUGGACCCCAUCUCAGAAGUCAAGAGGAGAGCGAAGAAUGCAAGGUGUAUGGCUGACUUCUGGAAGGGCAGAGGACUGGUUGACUGCUAGAUGAUCAUGUCUCAUAUCGGCCAUCGUACAUAACUGGAUCCAGUUCAAACCAGAUCGGAGCGGAUCAAAUCAGAUGGCACCGGACUUUUUGACAACAGUGGACUUUUUUGACGCCGAUUUUGUUUGUAAAGUUGCUGUAUAUAUUUAGAUCGGAAACCCCGUUUUAAAGGAAGGAAAUGUGAUUAUUUAGUCGGGUCUGAUUCCAUAGUGAAAACACAAUGGUACAAUGACCCCGGGUAAAUCUUAAGUCUGAACAAAAAUAGCCGGGGUCCUUUGAGAUUCCCCUAAAUGGACGGACAUCAGCGAGUUUCUUUAAAGUUUGAAUGCCGUCAUCUCACUCUUCAUUUCCCCUUAAAUGGAACCAAUUUUGACUCUUCUACAUCCAUCGGAUAUUGCACAUAAUAAAGCGAUAUUCCACCCAUCACUUUCAGCAAAGCAUUUCUGACUUCUGAUCACACGUCAUCGGUGACGUCAUCGGUUAAUUUAUGUUGGUUUACUGAUUCUGCACAUUUAUUUUAAGGGGUCGUAGAGUCAUCCACACCCGGAGUCUUGAGCACCGUUGUCUGUUUGACAAAUGACCCUUCAAAUGCACCGUAGGCUUAGAAGUAACAAUUUUUAGAAUAAGCUGCAUGAAAUUCAAUUGACAUUACUAGAUUGUGAAGACGUUUAUUGAGGAUUCUCACCAAUCAAACCCCAAGCCAAGAAAUAAUUGUACAAACAUCUCGUUACAGGUUCUAGUGUAUAGAGUCUGUGAUCUUAAAGGAGUCUAGCGUGUGUGGUUGGUCGUAGAAGGAUUACCACAAAUUACUUGACCGACUCACAUUGACCAAUGUAAAGUGUUGGGCAGGAAUCGUGAAGAAAAGGGGGCAUGCUGAUUACAAACGAUUGACACAUAUGUUUGGUGAUUAACGGAAGUUUCCUCAAAAACACUUGCAAAGUUUGUACAAUAAUAUAAAGCACCGAAGUGCUUACAAUGGGAAAACACAUGUAUACAAAACAAUGAGACGCCAAGUCCGUGCGUCAGUUUUUUUUUUAGCUUUAAACUGUGUUGAGCAAUUCAAAACCUGUGUACGCAAUCAACUUAUAGUUUCCCUAUUUGUAUAUCAUUUUCGUGAUAUUCCUGCUUAGCAUGUUCGUUGUUGUCCGUGCUUACAAUCGUGUCAAUGGGAGACUUUUGGGGUAGCAGCAGACUUACCAUGGGGCCAUCGUUCUCAGAAUUGCGCGCAUGCUCAGAAUGUAAACAGUGCAAAUUUACCUUGUAAGUCUGCUGCCACCUAGCGUUACAAAGUCUGCCAUUAUUCGGCACCUCUCAUUGUGACUCCCUCCGGGUCAACUUAAUGUACCACUAACGAUUUUUGUGUGUGUUUUACAACUCCUUUGAUCUCUUUACUUAAUUUUGUUCUAAAAAAUUCUAGAAAUGUCUUAAUUACAUCGAUUAGAAAGUUGGAAAGUUAAUACUUCAUCAUUAUUGUGUUCCACUAUGUUUAUUGUUACACCCCGUACCCAUACAAAAACAUAAGGCCAGUAUUCGAUUAUUACGGUGGCCAAUCCAGAGUGACUUAAAAACGGUUAGUACUAAUCGAUACAUUGCUCUCAACUUUGCUUUAAAUCAAUUAGUACGUUCAUUGAAAAUCAAAAUGAAGACGGUUUAUGCUAAUCGAUACUUUGCGAUAACAAUUGACUCCAUUAAAUCAGCUUGGUUUUCAAGUCGGGGUAUUCGACACCGAAAUUAUAAUUGAAACCAAACUGUUAGAAGCUUGUGAUAUGUAUUAACAACUUAGUGACAAUGAAAUCUCUCUUUUAAAACAGAAACUUUACAAUCUUACUAUAAUUAAGAACUUUAAAAUAACUAUAGUUUAUGUUAUGGUGAAAUAACAAGAGUAAUAUAGCGUUACAGGACUUCUGUUCAUUACCCGAAGAGUAAAGUUGGACCAAAAUAUACGUCAAUGGCCGCCAUUUUGUUUAGGAAGAAAGUAACGCAAAUUAGGUUGAGUUUUCUUGUACUUUUUUUCCUAUGGAAACAAGAUGUCCUUGUUUCCAACAUUAUUUGUAAAAACUUCAAGGACCACGAAAGAACCAAUGAAACAGUUUACUUUUUUUAAAGAUAUAAUAUAUUAAUUUAAUACAUUAUUCUUAUAUUAUUACGAAUUAUAAAUGGUUUAGUGUGACUAUACAGCAGUGGAGAUGGUAUUAAUGCGCUUGCGCAUAGCAGGCUACCUGCAUUUUAGACUCGGAGGAUGUGAGUGUAAAAGUAUAGCACAAAAUGGCGACAAUAAAAUGAGAAGAAAAUAAAUCAUUCAAAACUGA